AUUGUAAAUUACCCAGAAAUAAAAAGAUUACACAUGCUGAAGAAUCGGCCUUUUUCUUUUUCCGUAACUUCUUCGUCUCCAGCAGUCACCUUUUUUCUUCCUCAGCUCGUCUCCUGCAAUUUUGCAAACCCCAAAGAGAAGAAAAUCGCAAAAUCGACGAAAUGAAAGGUCAGGGAAGUUAUGUACCACCAGCCUACAUUCCAUUGAGUCAGUCAACUUCUGAAGCAGACACUUCUCCACAGAAUGGUGAACCUCCUCCUCCUCAUCAUACGGGCGAGGGUCCUGCACAGUGGUCUUCUGGGAUCUGUGCUUGCUGUGAUGAUAUGCAGAGCUGUUGCAUUGGUCUUAUUUGUCCUUGCUUCCUGUUCGGAAAGAAUGCAGAGUUUUUGGGUUCUGGGACUUUGAUCGGAUCAUGCAUGACACAUUUCAUCUUGUGCGGUCUUGUCAAUGCUCUCUGUUGCCUGUUGACUGAAGGCAUUUUCUUAGGGUUACCAGGAUGUGUUGUUGCAUGCUAUGCUUGUGGAUACCGCAGAGCACUUCGUUCAAAGUAUAAUCUGCAGGAAGCGCCAUGUGGGGACUUAACUACUCAUAUGUUCUGCCACAUGUGUGCCAUAUGCCAAGAGUAUAGGGAGAUCCAUGAGAGGUCAGGCAAUGCCAAUCCCUCUGAUCUUAAACUUCCUGUUGUUACAGCUCCACCUGUCCAGACAAUGGAAUCAGCUCCCGAGGAAUAAUGCUGUUUGAGGCACUGUAGUCCCCUUAAUAUUUCUUGGCAAAUGUUUUGGGGUUGUCCUUCUACAUCAUAUUCUUGCAAGCAUCUUGCUUUGAUAUUUUCUUUGUAUCCAAGGCCUUUUGGGUUUCACAGUGUCUGUAUUUGUUUUCUGAAUUUCAUUCUUUUGUGUCAGGACAUAAUUUGGUUUUAUAGAAUAUGUUUUCAAUGCAAAGAUCUGUUCUGUAACGAAACAUAGAAUUUUAGUAAUAUAAAUGAGAUUUUGUUUUUUUGAACUUGAA